UGGUACUGGCUUCUCAGAGUGUUGCUCGCUGUACUUCUCGUUUUACGACUUCUUCGUAUUUUCCGCCCCCUGGCAAACGCAAAUAACGCAGCGAUGCCUCCCCCUCGUCGCUUUCUCUUGAGCACUGUGCUGGAGUAGCUGUUAAUUUCCAAUGAAUGAAAAGCGUGUUUUCUUGUGUACCCGGUAAAAAGACAACUCUUACUGAAGAGAAGGAAUACAGCAAAAACGGACAGGUAAAAAAAAAAAAUCAAAUAUAUGGAUAUAAAGUACCUCUUCUAGACAGUGGAACCAGUAACGUUUUUCGAGAUGAGGCGGCUAUGAAACCUCGGGACCUCGGCACGGGGGAUUCACGCCAGUCCGAGGAUCUCGUUGGCUUGCAGGCCUCAACCGCUUCGUGGAAACAACAAAAAAACUAAUUUUAAGUAAGCACUUUUUCCUCUUUCCUCUCUUCUUUCCCUUUCACGGUCGAAGGAGCCCUCCAGGAUGUCGGACUGCGCAGGUCUGCAGUUCGUGAGCCCCUACGCCUUCGAGGCCAUGCAGAAGGUGGACGUGGCGCGGCUGGCCGCCCUGAGCGACCCCGAGCUGAGGCUGCUGCUGCCCUGCCUGGUCCGGAUGGCCCUGUGUGCCCCCGCCGACCAGAGCCACACCUGGGCUCAGGACAAGAAGCUCAUCCUCCGCCUGCUGUCCGGGGUGGAAGCGGUGAACUCCAUCGUCGCGCUGCUGUCGGUCGACUUCCACGCUCUGGAGCAGGACGCCAGGAAAGAGCAGCAGCUCAGACACAAACCUGGUGGUGCCAACGGGGACAGCAUCUUGGUAUCCCAGCUUCAGCACGGCCUGACACUGGAGUUUGAGCACAGCGAUCCUCUUAGAAGACUCAGGCUGGCACUCAGCGAAUUGUUGGCUAUAAUGAACAAGGUUUCAGACUCAAACGGAGAGUUUUUCUUAAAGUCUUCUGAGCUUUUCGAAAGCCCCGUGUAUCUAGAAGAAGUGGCGGAUGUUCUGUGUAUUUUGCAAGCAGAGCUGCCAUCGCUGUUGCCCAUCAUAGACGUGGCAGAAGCGCUGUUGCACGUUCGCAAUGGAGAGUGGUUCCUCUGCGUACUAGUGGCCAACGUCCCCGACAGCUUCAAUGAAGCGUGCAGGGGGCUGAUAAAGAACGGGGAGCGGCAGGACGAGGAGAGCGCGGGCGGACGCCGCCGGACACAGGCCCUCCGACAGCUCUGCCAGAUGAACCCUUCCCAGGCCCUCAACAUCCGCGCCAUGGUGGUGGAGGAGUGCCACCUGCCGGGGCUUGGGGUGGCUCUGACGCUGGACCACACCAAGAGCGACACCGCAGACGACGCCGUCAGCCCCCUGGUCUCCUUCGUCAGUGGCCUGUUGCUGGGCACCAACGCCAAGGUGCGGACGUGGUUUGGGAUGUUCAUCCGCAACGGCCAGCAGAGGAAGAAAGAAAGCAGCUCCGUUCUGUGGCAAAUGAGGCGGCAGCUUCUUCUGGAGCUGGUGGCCAUCCUGCCCAGGUCGAGGAGCACUCACGUGCCCAACGACAGCGAGGGGGACCUGGAGCAGAGCAUGUCGGCCUACUCCGGCCUGAGGGAGGAGCAUGUGGUGAAAGCCAGCGCGCUGCUCAGGCUGUACUGCGCGCUCAUGGGGAUAGCCGGCCUCAGGCCCACCGACGAGGAGGCCGAGCAGCUCCUGCAGCUGAUGACCAGCCGCCCCCCCGCCACCCCUGCCGGCGUGCGCUUCGUCUCCCUGUCCUUCUGCAAACUGCUGGCCUUCCCCACCCUUGUCAGCACUCCUGAGCAGGAACAGCUAAUGGUGAUGUGGCUCAGCUGGAUGAUUAAAGAGGAGGAGUAUUUUGAGAGCGCUGCAGGGGUCUCUGCUUCAUUCGGAGAGAUGCUGUUGCUGGUUGCCAUGUAUUUCCAUAGCAACCAGCUCAGUGCCAUCAUUGAGUUGGUCUGCUCUACUUUAGGGAUGAAGAUUGCUAUCAAACCCAGCUCCCUGAGUAAGAUGAAGACCAUUUUUACACAAGAAAUUUUCACUGAACAGGUUGUAACAGCCCAUGCAGUAAGAGUUCCUGUUACCAGCAACCUGAGUGCCAACAUUACAGGUUUUCUGCCCAUCCACUGCAUUUAUCAACUUCUAAGAAGCCGAGCGUUCACAAAGCACAAAGUUUCUAUCAAGGACUGGAUUUUCCAGCAGAUGUGCGAGACCACCACCCCGCUGCACACUCAGCUGUUGCCCCUGAUUGACGUCUAUAUCAACUCCAUCCUGACGCCCGCCUCCAAGGCCAGCCCUGAGGCCACCAACCAGCCCAUCACGGAGCAGGAGAUCCUCAACGUCUUCCAGGGCCUGACUGGGAGGGAGAGCAGUCGCAUUCGUUCACGUUACAAUAUCACGACUCAGUUGCUGGUGCUGUAUUACAUCUUGUCGUAUGAGGAAGCUCUUCUGGCAAACACGAAGUCAUUGGCUCUCAUGCAGAAGAAGCCAAAGUCAUAUUCUGCUGCACUGAUGGACCAAAUUCCUAUUAAGUAUUUGAUCCGUCAAGCGCAGGGACUCCAACAGGAGCUGGGUGGGCUGCACUCUGCUCUUCUGCGCCUUCUGGCAACCAACUACCCACACCUGUGCAUGGUGGAGGACUGGAUCUGCGAGGAGGAGAUCACCGGCACGCGCCCGCUGCUCCGGAGGAUGCUGCUGACCAGCACCGCCAGGAAAUACACACAGAAGCAGCUUAAAGAUGCAUUCCAGAUGGUGCCAUCCAGCAACAUUCAUUUGAUGCAGAUCCUGGAGCACUUGGCCCUGCUGCCUGCCAGUGAUCUCAUCCCCUACGCAGAGGUGCUGGUGUCCGACAUGAGCCUGCUGCUCACGGAAGGAGUCUCCCGGAGGAUUCUCCAGACUGUCAAUAAGCUCUGGAUGGUUCUGAACACCGUCAUGCCCAGGAGGUUGUGGGUGAUGACAGUGAAUGCACUUCAGCCCUCGGUGAAAUUAACGCAGCAGCAGAAAUACACCCAGAAUGACCUAAUGAUUGACCCUCUGAUUGUGCUACGGUGUGACCAGAGAGUUUACAGAUGUCCCCCGCUAAUGGACAUCACCCUGCACAUGCUGAAUGGCUACCUGCUGGCAUCGAAGGCCUAUUUAAAUGCCCACCUGAAGGAGACGGCCGAUAUUGACAGGCAGACCCAGACAGUCUCCAGUCUGGGCUUGGUAGGGCAGCCAGACACCCCAGAGGUGACAAGAGAGGAGCUCAAAAACGCUUUGUUAGCUGCUCAGGACAGCACCGCGGUUCAGAUCCUGCUGGAGAUCUGCUUGCCCACCAGCGAGGAGAGGGGAGAGGGGGGCAGUGUGGAGAACUCUCCCAAGAGCCUGAAACAGGAAGAGCCUGGCACGUGCCAGCCUGAGGGGGGCGCAGAGGGGCAGGGCGGGGGCCUGCUGAGCAACUUGCGAGAGGUCCAGUGUCUCAUCUGCUGUCUGCUCCACCAGAUGUUCAUCGCUGACCCCAACAUAGCUAAACUGGUUCACUUCCAGGGAUACCCACAAGAACUACUUUCCUUGACUGUGGCUGGCAUCCCAUCUAUGCACAUCUGUCUAGAUUUCAUUCCUGAACUUCUGGCACAGCCGCAGCUUGAGAAACAGAUAUUUGCCCUCCAGCUCCUGUCACACUUGUGCACACAGUACGCCCUUCCUAAAUCCCUCAGUGUGGCUCGGUUAGCUGUCAGUGUCAUGGCCACCCUGCUUACAGUUCUUACCAAGGCGAAGAGGUAUGCGUUCUUCAUGCCCACUUUGCCCUGCCUGGUGUCGUUCUGCCGUGCCUUCCCCCCGCUGUACGACGAUGUGGCCCUGCUGCUGGUCCAGGUGGGGCAGGUUUGUGCCUCAGACGUGGCCACCAAGGCCAGAGAUGUGGACCCCCUCAUUGCAAGUGAGUUAUUUCACUGCUCAGUUUUAUUUUUCUUUCCUGAACAGCUUUGUUUUUCAACAUUGUUUAUUAAAGAUGGUCUCACACCACGUGUGCCCUGCUCUCCAGUCUUGAGAAAUUUUGGAAUGAGUCAGGGAAGACAUGUGGCAUCUAGGGCUUAGAGAGCAGGGAACAAGCACGUGCUGCUUGUCCAGGCUGUGUGAGAGGAAUGGGACAUCUCAUGACAUGAGUCUGCAACUCGGGAGUACAGAAGUACAGAACACCUUGUGCCACUAACCUGAGACUGUCCCUGUACACCUGCUGUUGAUCAAGGUUUAUCAGCAUAAUGGACUUACUUACAGUAUUCCAAGUCUGUUCAAUUAAAUGUCUGUGCAGCUGCUAAGAAAAACUUGAUUGCGAA